GCCACUCAACGUCCGGUUGAGCAGAAACAAAUCCUCCCCGCAGAUGCCCCCAGCCUGGCGAGUGAAUCUGGCGUUGAAUUGCCUCAGCCGCACGAUAUUUACGAUCCUCAUCCAACCAACGAGAACGAUCGGGCUUCGUCAGAGCCAAACGGCUGCGGUACAACAAUAAUCGGCCGUCGUCUUUUGGUCAGAUCGACCUUCGAAUCUCUUCAGUAUGGUCUCUUAUGCGUAAUCAAAUUCUCCACAACAUGCUCCUUUUUCUUCCGAGCCACGGAUGCAUGA